AGGAUCUAUUUGCCCCCGUGCCUCUCCGGCGCGCGUGUGCACCUGGUGCCAUUUGGUCAGGCAAAGCGUCUCCAAUUAUCCAGAAGCACACCCCUGGAUUUCUCUGCGCCCUUUCACUUCCAUACAUCCACAUUGAUUUUGAGUAAGGCUUGAUCAAUGCAGACGACACAAGAAACUCGCACUUGAAUCAUUUAUGCGGCAUGAUUGUAUUUGCGCACAAGUUUGCGCAAGGAAAUCAAACAACGGGCAGAGGGGGAAAACUCAACAUUGAAAUACUCCAAUAUGUAGAAAAUAAGGUGUGACUUUGGAUUGUUUUGUGACUAGGACAAGUUGUUCCCAUGUCUCUGGCUGUGAUUCUUCACGUGAUAUGUAAAAAGGACCAGUCAUUUCAACAGGCAUGCUGCUGUCUCUCCUGGUCCUCCUCAGUCCCCUACCAGACCUGUAUCUGAUGAGGUUUUGAAUGGUCGUAGCUGCUGAAAGACAUGCCACACACGCCCUGCUUCACUUCGCAAAGCUUCGCUCCUGCACUUGUCGGACGUUAAUGGGAAUUAAUCGGUAAGUUUGACGAGGGAGAUGGUGGCGGCUCGGUUCAGCACGCUGGACAGAGCUCGUGGAAGUUGGAGAGGACGGCGGCGUGCGGACACAAGAGGAUUUAAUUGAAAUGAAUUUUGGGAGCUGCAGGAGGGAUGAGCGACGGGUGACCAUGGUUGAGUUUAAGUGCUUAUUAUCAACAACAGGCGCAGGUAACCCGAGAGUGGACUUUCUGGAGUGAGACAUGGACUUUGCUGAAAUCAUUUUCGCUUUGUUCAUCGUCGUGGUCGCGGUCGUCUCGCUGUUGUCAAACUUGUUGGUGCUGCUAUGUUUCGUCCACAGCACCGAGAUACGCCGACAGGUGCCCGGUGUUUUCACCAUGAACUUGUCCUUCUGCAACAUACUCAUCACCGUUUUGAACAUGCCGGCCACUUUGGUGGGGAUUAUCAGGAACCAGCAGCCUUUUGGGGAUUGCGUUUGCCACACGGUGAGCUUUCUGGAGACUUUUCUGACCGCAAACACCAUGCUGAGCAUGGCAGCCCUCAGCAUAGACCGGUGGAUAGCGGUGGUCUUCCCGCUCAGUUACUCCACUAAAAUGCGCUACAAGGACGCGCUGAUCAUGGUGUGCUACUCCUGGCUCCACUCCUUCACCUUCUCCCUGACGGCGCUGCUCUUCUCCUGGGUCGACUACAGCGACGUUUACGCGUCCUGCACCUUGCAGCCGAGCGAGGAAGGCAGCGACAGGAUUAAGUUCACAAUUUUCACCGUCGUUUUCCACGCCACUAGUUUCAUGCUCUCCCUGCUCAUCUUGUGCUUCACCUACCUGAAGGUGUUGAAAGUCGCCAGGUUUCAUUGCAAGAGGAUUGACAUUAUCACCAUGCAGACUCUUUUCCUACUGGUCGACAUUCACCCAAGCGUGAAACAAAGAUGUUUAGCUGAGCAAAAGAGCAGAAAGCAGAGAGCCACAAAGAAGAUCAGCAUCUUCAUCGGCUCAUUCAUCAUCUGCUUUGCUCCUUAUGUAAUUACAAGGUUGGCCGAGCUUUUACCCUUCGUGGACAUCAACCGCCACUGGGGAAUCAUCAGUAAGUGCCUGACAUACAGCAAGGCUGCGUCUGACCCCUUCGCCUACUCCCUCCUUCGUCAGCAGUACAAGAAAGUCCUGGUUACUGUCGUCAACAGGCUGCUCCGCCGCGACCUGUACCCUUCAUCUGGCCAUAACAGCUCUUUAGACACAGAGAACGACUACUGUCUCCAGAGGAUCAGCUAAUGGCAAAUGCGCGGACAUGACAGAUACACACUACGGCCAAAAAUAAAGGAUGCCACUUGGAAGAAGGUGGGCGGAGGAAGAGAAUGAGGAGAGAGACAGAGAGGACAGGAUAUUGUUAGGAAGGAAAAAGAGAGCAGAUAGAGGGGACAGAUUGCGGGUGGGGAGCAAAGAGAGAGCAAAAAAAAAGGACGAUAGUGGGUGGAGGAGAACGAGAAGACAGCAACGAGGGGGAGGAUGAACAGGCGAAGGGGAAGACAGAUAGGGAGCAACAGGGACAAUGUGGAAGACGGCAUUGGUAAACAAGGCAUCUGUGAUUCAUCGGCGAUGGCAAAACACACAAAGCCACACAGAUCAGACAAAUCAAUUCCAUCGAAUAAGUCAUGGGUUCAGAUUAAUCUCAAACUGAAGGCCACUGCUGGAGACGGGCCCUUUCUUUACUUUGAGACAUGGAUAAAGUGGCCUUUUGUACUGUACCAACCACUUUCUAAUGAUUUUGGCAAAUCCACAUGCAGUGACCUUUGUACUGCCACAAAAUGCAGCGACAGAGCUAGAAGCUGAUGGUCGAUAGGCGGUGGAGUGAAGAUGUGAAAAGAAGGAAAGACUAUGUUGUUCCUGCUUCUGGAUAAUGUACCUUCAGUGAAUGGAUGUACUCUCACUAUAGGUGUGGAGACUCAACUGCUCCACAUCAUUGCCAUGUUCUGUAUUGACCAUGUUAGACUACUUUGCAGUGUCAUGUCAGUCACUGAAUAUUGAUGCACUUUGUCUAAUUCUCUCAGAGCUACUAUAGUUACAGGAGCCAAAGGCAAAUAACAUUUACACCAUGAUAUUAAAUGAAAAGGCUGGUGAUAUUCUAUAUUUUUGUUAUUGCCAACAACUGCCAUGAAAAGACCUGAAACAAUAAUGUGUUACUCUGUCGCUCAAUACUUUCUGACUUCCCCACUCCAAGCCCAUUGGCUCCUACUGAAGAUUGUUAUGUUUUAUUUAUUAUUUUUUGCCUUUAUUUGAGAGUGACAGUAGAAAUACAGACAUGAAAUGUGGGAAGAGUGACAGAGGGGUAUCACAUGGGCACAUAUACUUUAUGGUAUUGCAUCUAAACUACUAGGUGACCAGACUCCACCAAACAUGUAAAUCUUAAAAAACAAGUAAAGGAUUUAUACUUUCCUUUUUUCUAAAAAGGUUUCAUAAUUUCCUAAAGCAGCGGGGCACUGUAGUUUUUAUCAAACGUUACUCAAAUAAUAGGAGAAAACACU